ACUGACCCUGCCCAAGGAGGCCCCUCCGUUCUGUCCAAGUCGAUGUUCUAGAUAUUGGCAUAGCUGGAUAUCUGUGGCCAUGAUCGGACGACCAAGGAUAAUGCGUGCAGCAUCGGUGCACUGCCUGUCGCCAAUCUCCCGGGCCAGCAGCACCGGUGCAUCAUCAACGACUCGCUUUUUCUCAUCCACCUCCCUUCGCUCACACCCUGCGCGCAUUCCUCUGGACAUCCCUCCUCCGUUUCCUGUCACCAAAACAUGCCCGGAGCCCAGCUGCUCAUGUCCCGCGACCCCGUCGAUGCCCGCGCCGAUCGACUAUGAUCAACCGCUCAACGGAACGAUGGCGGCCUACGCGCAGCAGCUUCUCGUCUGCACCGGCCAACGAGACUGGACCAGUCGCAUCGAGGAGGAUGGUCAGGGUCAGAACUGGGGCGAGCUGGUUCGAGGGUUGAAGCGCCUCCUAGGUCGUGGGGGGAAAUAUGCCGACCCGUUCAACAAUAUCCUCGUUACCACCUCCUCAUUUCCCUCAUCUCCAUCGACAUCCACAGCUACCUCUCAAACCGCCUCCGCCUUCCUCUUCCCCAGCUUCAAAUACUUCCCCUCGAUCCCCGUGACCCUCUCCGAACCCAAUGACGUCAAGACCGACGUCUCAACCUUCGUCCGCGCAUAUCUCCUCCCCAGCAAAUCCCAACACGGUGGAAAAACCCGCGAAGCUGGCCUAGCAUCUGAGUUCCCAGACGCGAUCGACCUCCAACAUUCCCCCGUCGUGUUAAUCUGCGGCCACGGUGGUCGCGACAUGCGGUGCGGCGUGAUGGCCCCGGUUCUGGAGAAGGAAUUCCAGCGCGUCUUGCAGACUAAGGGCUUUACCUCAGUAGACAGCGAUCACAAUGUCGUCGACAGUCCGGAACAUGCUUAUAUCGGACUCAUCAGCCACGUGGGCGGACACAAGUACGCUGGCAAUGUGAUUGUGUAUAUCCCCCCGGACAUGAAGGAAGCUGGCUCUUCCGCGGUGCAUCCGUUGGCGGGCAAGGGCAUUUGGUAUGGACGGAUAGAGCCGAAACAUGUACAGGGGGUGGUGGAGGAGACUAUUCUGGGUGGUAGGGUCAUUGCGGAUCAUUUUCGGGGUGGGAUUGAUCGUGAUGGUGGGAUAUUGAGGUUGUAGACGGCUUAUACUUAGAAUAGAUUGUAUAGUAUUGUAUAGAAUCUCUU